AUGGUAAUUUCAGAAGAAAAAAAUUCAGCAAGGACUGUAUCAGAAAGACUCCAAAGGCAAAUCUCCCAGGAAUGUAGGUUAUUUGAAAUCAAUGAUCCUGAGGACAGGUUAUUGAGGUAUUGGGUAAGCUCCUUAGAUGAUGCAGUGAGACAUCCCUCUUCCCAAGAGAGAGGUAUCAGGGAAGUGAAUGUGAUCCCCAAAAAAACCAUUGCAGGAGAGAAAGGCCAUGGAUGUAAGGGAAGAGAAAAAUUCCUUUCUGCAGAAGAAAGAUCCCACAGAUAUGAAAACUGUGGUCAGAGCUUCAAACAGAAGUCAGAAAUAACUGAACAUCAGAAAAUUGAUAAUGUAAAGAAAACCUAUGAAUGUAAGUAA